UUUUUUUUUUCCUUUACAUCUCUAGAUCAAGAUUGGACUCCAGAACAAACACCGUUAUUAAACACCCCAUCUCAGGAUUUGGAAGAUUCUCUACUAGCUUUGGAUGCCAAUGUUAAAUCGAUAGAAAACUUGGAAAAGCAAACAUAUGAGCUUGAGUCGAAGAUGUCGGAGCUAGAAGAUAAGGCAAAUAAGGUCAUAGAUUCACUUUAUUAUCAGAUUGGGUUUCUUCUCUCGGUAUACAGGAGGAGGGAUAUACUUGCAAGCUUUGCAUCUUCCUUGUGCAGUUAUUGGGUGGAUAACUUUCGGGUUGAUAGCUUGCUUUAUUGUUGGAUUGUAUGUUUUUAUUUGGGGGACAAAUACAAAAUUAAGAAGGAUGACCCCUCCUGUCAAAAACCUGGAUGAAAACAGAGAAGAAUUAGCCGAAAAGGCAUGAGAAAUUUUGGAUUCAGAGAGUGAAAGGUCACCUGAGCACAAUCGAAGUGGAGUUGUUGAAGAUACAGCUCCAGUGCACCGUAAAGUGAAGUCUGCGUCAGUGAUAAAGCGGUCUUUGCGGAUUGUGAAUUCUGAGAAUUAUCUAAGUAGAUUUGAGGGGUACAAUAGGAAAUUCAUUGUGGCUGCGAUCACAUGUGCGUUACUUCAUGGGGUUAUUAUAUGUUGCAUCGCAUACUUCUCAUAUUGCCAUGCUGAUGCAUUACGGUGUAAAAAUCCUAUGAUUACACCUUUGCAGCCUACGCAGAUAGGGGUUGGUGAUGCUUUCUGCAAGAAAGGAAUUGACAAAGCAAACCUUGAGUUUGAAAGUCUUGAAGAAGGAUUCUUGGCCGAAAUACUGGCACCUGAAAGUUCAAAAGAUGCGGCUGUUGGGCAUCCUAUUGCAAUCACAGCAUACAUCUUUAAGUAUGACAGUGUCCACGGUCAGUGGAAGCACAAUGAGCUCAAGGUUAAGGAUGAGAAGCUUGUGACCAGAUGUGGCAUUAGAAACCCAGAGGACAUUCCACGGGCUGAGGCUGGAGCAGAGUACAUCGUGGAGUCAACUAGAGUCUUCAAUGAUAAAGACAAGGCUGCUCAGCUCACUUGAAGGUGGAAGAAGCAAAUGACAUACAAAAAGUCUCUGCUACUGUUGGUGGUGCAUCAGAGGUUAAAAAUCAGUACCUUCUCAAACAGAUGCAGCACCGGGAGACAGGGUUCCAGAAGACUGUCCUGCGAGUAUCAGCUCAU